AUCCACUCCCCGCGACCAAGCGCGGGGCGCGUCUUCGCAAAAGGGCAGUUUGGUAAUUUUCACGUCGAUAGGGAAGCUGCAAAAAGUGCAGCCAGAGUUCUAUAGAUUCAACGCGAAGAGCUCCAGUGCAGUGCGUAGCCGGAGGGAAAGAGAUGGAAGAAGAUGCGCAGAAUAUGGAAACCACAAUAUCGUGCGCCAUGCGCGCACGCAUCAGAGAUUUCAAGGACCAGGCCCAUUAUUUGACUCUUAGAAGGGUUAGAAGGUCAUUAGAAAAGGACAUGGGAUUGAAGAAAUUUACACUGGAUGCCCAUAAGAGUUUCAUCAAGCAAUGCUUGCAUGAGGAGCUCAUAUCAGGAGCUUGUCGACUUUUGGAGGGUGUUGAGGAACAGCCGGUCAGACUAAAAAAGCAAGCUGUGAAAAAAGUAGCAGCAAGGAAUACUAAAGGAUGGAAAAAGCGCAAAAGAUCUACACAAGAAAGAAAGCCAUGUAGCAAUCAGAAGAACAAACCAGUGAAGUUGGCAAUAGAGAAAGGCAGCAAUACUGAUGAAGGUGGAAAUUCCUUUGAAGAAGGCAAAUCUCAAUCAUCUGCUGAAGAACCUGUCAAGAAGAAAAGAGAAACUUCCACUCAGGUUUAUGGAAAACGUGUAGAACACCUAAAGUCAAUAAUUAAAGCCUGCGGUAUGAGUAUCCCUCCAUCAGUUUACAAGAGGGCCAAGCAGGCUCCUAAGAAUAAACGUGAGGCGCGUUUGAUAAAGGAGUUGGAGGAGAUUCUUGGAAAGGAGGGGUUGUCUUCAAAUCCUUUUGAAAAAGAAAUCAAAGAGGCCAAGAAGCGAAAGGAAAGAGGAAAAGAGCUAGCGGACAUUGACAUGAGUAACAUUGUCUCAAGUUCUCGCCGAAGGUCCACAUCCAAUUUCAUUAUUCCUCCCCCAAAGCCCAGGCUGGCGGCGGAAAAAAAUGAUGGUGGUGGUGGUGAUGAGGAGGAAGAUACUGAUGAUGAGGAGAGUGAAAGCGAAGGCGCGAGUGAAGACAUCAAAGAUGUCAAAGAGCAGAAGAAAAGAGCAAAGCUGGGCAUUGACAUGAGUAACAUUGUCUCAAGUUCUCACCGAAAGUCCACAUCCAAUUUCAUUAUUCCUCCCCCAAAGUCCAGGUUGGCAAUUGAAAAAAAUGAUGGUGUUGGUGGUGGUGAUGAUGAUGAUGAUGACGAUGAGGAAGAUACUGAUGAUGAAGAGAGUGAAAGCGAAGGCGCGUGUGAAGAAAUCAAAGAGACCAAGAAGCGAAAGGAAAGAGGAAAAGAGCUAGCGGACAUUGACAUGAGUAACAUUGUCUCAAGUUCUCACCGAAGGUCCACAUCCAAUUUCAUUAUUCCUCCCCCAAAGCCCAGGUUGGCAGUGGAAAAAAAUGAUGGUGGUGGUGGUAGUGGUGAUGAGGAGGAAGAUACUAAUGAUGAAGAAAGUGAAAGCGAAGGUGCGAGUGAAGAAAUCAAAGAUGUCAAAAAGCAGAAGAAAAGAGAAAAGCUGGGCAUUGACAUGAGUAACAUUGUCUCAAGUUCUCACCGAAAGUCCACAUCCAAUUUCAUUACUCCUCCCCCAAAGUCCAGGUUGGCAAUUGAAAAAAAUGAUGGUGUUGGUGGUGGUGGUGGUGGUGAUGACGACGACGACGAGGAAUAUACUGAUGAUGAAGAGAGUGAAAGCAAAGGCGCGUGUGAAGGAAUUUUGUUGCAUGUAGGAGCUUCUUCGACUUCUGCCCAAGGUAGCAACACAAGGAAGCAAGUUGAAUUCAAUCAAGUUGGGCAGCCGGUUGGAGAAAACGCAGCUUCAUUCUCCACAUUUUUAGGGCAACUGACCAGGACAUACUGUCCAAUUAGAUACGUUGAUUGGCGCAGUAUACCUGCUGCAGUUAAGGAUAAUAUAUGGUCUAUGAUUAGGGAUACGUAUGAGAUCGAUGUGAAGUACAGAUCGAAGGUCCUUCAGAAAGUAAACAAAUCGUUGAGGAAUUGGAAGUGGGAAUUGAGAAAACAUUAUGAUAGGUUUGAUCAAGAUGCCGAGAGAAAAAGAAAUUGUCCUAAAGGUGUGAAGCAAGAAGAGUGGGACAGUUUCGUUGAUGUAGAGUCUAUGGAACAGUCAAUCAGUCGUCGUGAAAAUGGAAAGGCUUCCAGAAAAGAGAUGAAACGCCCUCACACGACUGGUAGACGAGGAGCUGCUAGGACGGCAGAGAAAAUGCAAAAGGAAAAUCCAAAUACUAUCAUCACCAGAACAGACUUGUAUGUGGCCACCCAUACUAGAUCCGAUGGGUCUUACCCUACACAAGAGCUGAGCACCACAAUGGAAAAAAUAAAAUCAAUAAUUGCUAGUGACCCUGCCAGUACACAAAGGGAUUUAGACCAUGACCCGGUUGCACAGGUUUGUGGUCGUGAUAGCAGGGGAAUUAUUAGGGGCAUGGGUGAGGGUAUUUCUAAGACCACUAUUAUGGCUUCCAUUCCCUACAUGGAAGAAGCUCAAACUGAGAGGAGAGCACGUAUGUCCGUUGAGUCCAGAAUGGAAGCAGCAAUGGCCGAAAUGCUAAAGAGGUUGGAUGAGGAAAAGGCAUUUCGUAUGAGUGUGGAGCAACAGUUGGCUGACAUUAGGCAGCAGAUUGCUCGUCAAGGUCAACAAGCAGACUGCUCCCCGACACAAUCGCAUCUCAGGCCUACCAUCGAUCCGGUGAUGCCUGGAGUCUUUAAGAAGACUCGGUCCCAAUUCCACAAACAAAAGAAAUUUGCCAUUUGACAGAUAUUCGUGGUCGGGUUGUUGCUAGUGGGUGAUUGAUGAGAGACAAUAUGGGCAUCUCUCCAGAGCAUAUCAGGGUCGUAAUAGAUGGUAUCGAGAUUCCCACUUGGGAGUUGUUUGGUGAUGACAAAACAUUUGGAGAUGUGAUGCUGGGUGAAAUUCUUGGUUGGCCCUAAAGUGUUGACGGAAACUUGAUUGUUCAGUUGUUUUGUUAUUAUUAUUUUUUAAACUUCUAGACCAGGCUAUAGGAUUAAGGAUCGUUAGAUUAUGAAGUUGUGUUUUCUAAUUGCAGGUGGUGCCUCUUUGUUUCAUUUAAUCUUUAGCAUCGUUUUUUCCAUUGAUUGCGGAUUGUUUGUGUAUUUCUUAAUCAAAUAUUUGCAUGCCAGUAAUCUACACAGGUUUCUGGUGUAAUUUGGUUCGAGUUUUCCUCCGAUUGUGUGUAAAAUGUUUUGAUUUGAAUAUCAAAAGAACCAUGUAGUUACUUGAUCUCAA